AGUAAAUGAAAUUAAUCUGACAGCUUUUUGGGUAAUCCGAUUCCAAUAUAACUACCAGGCUUCGUAGUUUGGCCAUUCCAUUAGCCACCAGCCAGCAGCCCAUUUCAACACACCUUAAAUCAUCCAUAAUUCCAUACCAGAAAACAUAGUUAAGCCAAAGUUUCUCGAUGGAGAAUUUGCUAGGGUUGUUGAGAAUUCAUGUUCAAAGAGGGGUGAAUCUUGCUGUGAGAGAUGUUGUGAGCAGUGAUCCUUAUGUUGUUAUCAGGAUGGGAAAACAGAAAUUAAAGACUCGUGUGAUAAAGAAGAACGUGAACCCAGAAUGGAAUGACGACUUAACUCUUUCAAUUGCAGACCUAAGUCUUCCAGUUAAGCUUACGGUAUAUGAUAGAGACACGUUCAGUUUAGACGAUAAAAUGGGGGAUGCAGAAUUCGAGAUUGGUCCAUUAGUAAAUGCUGUAAAGAUGAGUUUGGAAGGGCAUCCCAAUGGAACUAUAAUCACUAAAGUUCAGCCAAGCAGGCAAAACUGUCUGUCACAGGAGAGUUGCAUAAUUUGGAACAAUGGGAAAGUUGUUCAAGACAUGUUCUUGAGGCUCAGAAAUGUGGAGACUGGUGAAGUGGAGCUUCAAUUGGAAUGGAUUCAUGUUCCGGGCUCAAGAGGACUUUGAUCUCUCUAAAUUAUGGGUGUUUCAUAUAUAUUUCAAAUAUGAGUAACAUAGGUUAGAUAAAUUAUUUUAAGUUGUUCACCACCCUUUUCUUUUGGGUGCUAAUUAAGCAAAUAAGAUGCUUAUAUGGUAGUCUUUGAGUGUCAUAAGCUGGCACCAUUGGACAGUUUCUUCAUUGUUCAUAUAUAUGCCUUAUUAGUACCCUUUUUUUUCUUCUGAAUUUAUUGUCUUGCUGGAUGCUUUCUUGAUGUCUCGUAGUAUAGUAUUGUUAAAAUUAUGGAAACUAUUAAAUAAAAAAUUUACUUAUUAGGAUC